AUGGCUCCCAAUUGGACAAACCUAGUCAGAUUCAUCAGCGAAGAAGAUGGCCAGAUUCACCUUGGCGAGGUUGACUCCAGCAAGUAUCCAGAUGUUGGUAUUGCAGUGGUUAACGGCGACAGGAUUGCGGUGAAUUUGGUUAAAGGAUCCAUCUUUGAUGGCAUUGUAACAGAUAUCACGUUGCACAUUGCCAGACUUCUGGCACCCAUUGGAAUCGAAGAAGUGCCCAUUAUUCGGUGCCUGGGACUUAACUAUCGCGACCAUGCCAAAGAGGCCAACAUGCCCAUUCCGGAUGUGCCUGUCCUCUUUCUCAAGCCUCGUACGGCACUCAACGGGCCUUAUCCUGCUAGGAUAAAUGUGCCACAGAUUGCGCAAGAUGGCUCUAGCGACUAUGAGGCAGAGUUAUCGAUCGUUUUGUCUAAGUCGGGUCGAGAUAUUCCCGAGUCGGAUGCGAUGGAGUAUGUCUUGGGAUAUACCUGUAGCAACGAUGUUAGCGCUCGAACACAGCAGUUCAAGAACAGCCAAUGGUCCUUCUCCAAAGGCCUUGAUGGAUCUUGCCCACUGGGUCCGGUCCUCGUUUCUCGUUCCGUUAUUGGCGACCCUCACAAUCUGCACAUUAAAGCUAUCCACAAUGGCAACGUGGUGCAGGAUUCAAACACUAGGGAAAUGAUUUUCGAUAUUGCAAAGACUAUUGCAUUUAUCUCUCAAGGGACGACCCUAGAAAUGGGUACUAUUAUCAUGACGGGCACAGGUCCCGGAAUUGGGGCUAUGCGUAACCCUAAGGUCGUCCUGAACGACGGCGAUGAUAUAAGAGUGGAGGUUGAGAAAAUCGGAACUUUGAUCAACAAAGUCUACUAUGAGUAA